AGCGGGGAGCGGAGCGGAGCGGAGCGAGCGGCACCGGCACCGGCACCGGGACCCCCCGCGCCACUGGAUUAUUGCACCUGGGCUUGAUUCAUUUUUCAUUUUUUCCCUUGUUUCGGAUCCUUCUCCGGGCUCGGCCUCUGGGCGCCCGCCCUGUGGAUUACAAUUGCACCAUGACCCUGGAGGAGCUGGUGCCUUCCGAUAGCAGCAAGAUGCAGGCGGUGAGCGAGGCGCUGGAGCGGGUGCUCGUGGCGGCGCAGCGGCAGGACCGGCUCACCGUGGGCGUCUACGAGUCCGCCAAGCUCAUGAACGUGGACCCCGACAGCGUGGUGCUGUGCGUGCUGGCCACGGACGAGGAGGAUGAAGGCGACAUCGCCUUGCAGAUUCACUUCACCCUCAUCCAGGCCUUCUGCUGCGACAACGACAUCCACAUCCUGCGGGUCUCCGGCAUGCAGCGCCUGGCCGCCAUCCUGGGCGAGCCGCAGCCCGGCGCCGAGCCCCGCGACCUGCACUGCCUCUUAGUCACGAACCCGCACACGGACGCCUGGAAGAGCCAGGGGCUGGCCGAGGUGGCCAGCUACUGCGCCGAGAGCCGCGACAGGAACCAGUGGGUGCCCUACGUGGCCCUGCAGGAGCGCUGAGCCCCGCGGCGACCGCCGGCUUUUUAACCUGCAGAAAACAAAAAAGCAAAAAUAAACCACAGAAGAGGGAAGGAGAAACAACCAGAUUUAAAAAAAACCACACACACACAAACCACCCACUGAUUUUAUUUUUCUUUUUAACUGGAGAGAGGGGAGCAGCCCGGCCGAUGGGCGCAGGAAGGAGGUGAGCUGAGGACGCUCCGGCAGAGCCCUCCGGAGACGGGGCCGGUGGCCGGGAGCCCGGCAGGACGAGGCCAGGCAGGAGACGCGAUGUGCCGAGGAGCUGUGCCGCGCGCCAGCGCACGCUUUCCCUGUGGAGGACGGGCCCCACCGCGCGCUGCUGCCGGGCGCGGAGCAGCCCCGGGACUGGUGCGGCAGAGCGCGGGGAGGACAGACGGAGAUGGUUUUAUUUUCUUUUUGGCAUCUGGGACUUGAUGGAAACGAGGACUGCAAAGGGACAGAUUUGCAAAUGAACUUUUUUUUUUCCAAGGGAUAAAUAAGUCUUAUAUAUUCAUAGACUUGCAACAGCAGAUUCAUUCUUUGCACUCAAGCCAGUUGGAAACCCUGAUCUAAAUCUAUUAUAGAGUCUAUUCUUGUACUAAUUUGAAAAAAAAAAAAAACUAUUUGCAAUAAAAUUUCUGAACUCAGCAGCA